GCGAUGUUUAAAAUGAAAUAAAAUUAUUUGUAAUUUUCUAGGAUUGAUAGUGAACAAUAAAAUACUUCAUAAGAAUACUUGUUUCUUAUAUUCUUUUGAAAAGAUCAGUUUUAGUGAGAAACUAAGAACAUGUCCAAAAUGAAAAAUUGGUUACCCGAAUAUCCAAAAGAACUGACGAAAGAGGAGGAACAACUGAAAUCAAAGUACGAAAUCUUAAGGAAACUGAAAGCACGGCUUCUGAAGAGACAAACAAGUUUUAAAGAAAAUCCUACUACAAGACUAAAUGAUUCCACAGGUUAUUCUCAGCAUGACCUGAAAAAGGCGGCAGCGGAGAUCUUGAUGGCAAGUGGUACACUGUCAAAGAAGGACACGUUUGGCAAAAAGACGAAAGAUUUUAAGAAACCCUGCAAGCGCAACAGCCAGAGUUUGCAAGCGGAGCUUAAAAGAUGUGCUGGUCGAAAAUACGUACCAGAAGCAGAGUUCGAACCGAGGUCUAUUACUGUCCGAGCCGCCGGUAUAUCGGAGCAGUUUCUACAUCAUCAUUUCAGUUGUUUUGGUGACAUCUGGAAAAUCAGGCUGGAUGACGAUCGAGAAAGUGCCGUUGUCACUUUCAAGAAACCAGAAAGUGCUCGCUGUGCUUCACAAAAGAUGAACGCGUGUUUCGUUGAAGGUAAGCAGCUCUUUGUAAAAUGCGCUAAGCAGAAAAACAUCUCCUGGACGGAUAUUUCGAUGAAGGAUCGAAAGAACUCCAUGAACAGCUGUAGCGAUCGAAUGAAACAGACUUGUCACGUAUCCUUUCAAGGUGAUUUGACAGUCCAAGACUUUCAGGAUUUCUUUCAAAAUGUGGGUAUCGUCACAAGGUUAUACAUCAACAGACGAAAGAAGUUCGGAUUUGUAACAUUCGAGAAUGAAGUUCAAGCUAACCGAGCAAUAGAAGAAAUGAAUGGCACAUCGUAUAAAGGAGUUCGUCUUAUUAUUUCUCCACAGAAGAUCCUCUUCUCAGAUACUACGAUAUGUUCUCAUGAAGAAGAGAAAGAAAGAGGGCUGUUAAGUUACGAAGAUGUUCAUUGUGUUGAUUAAAUUUUAUCUUAACUUAU